CUCGUUGCUGUUGUGGUUCCUUCGGGGAGGUUACAGUCGUGUAAUGCACCUUUUAUUGAUUUUUAUUAGCUAAUUAAAUUAUCGAAGAGAAAGUUCAGUUCAACUGCAAGCUUCGCCACAAAGGCGCAGAAAUUGGACGUUUUGUAACGUCGCGUUUUCGGGUUAACUGACACGAUUGAAAAUGAUACCGCUGGUGGUGCGGUUUUUCAGAUAGUUGGAGGUUUUUCCGCAGGCUGGCUAGUGCAGAAACUUGCCCAAAACAGCGCUCCAAAAGGGAGACGAAAAAUCCAACUCUGCAUAUAUUUUAGAAGACACCAUGGUUUCCAACAUCAGAGUGCGAUUUAAAAUGUGAUUUUGUUUUUUUAACUGACUUCCUUUUUUACUACUUACCUUACCAGCUGGAUUUACCACCGAUUCGGAUACUUCAUCAUUCUUUUUUUUUGUGUUGCGAGCUAGCUAUCGGAGCUAACUUUGGCAACCUGUAGCUAGAUUGUCCAGUUGGACACGCUCAUGUUGCUAGCUAAUGCUAUUUGCACUUUUGAUUUCGCGAGUCAACAUCGAUUGCAUUGUUUUGAGAAAUAAAGGCCAUCGACCACACAGGAGUUGAUUCGCUUUGAUAGUUUGCAGAUCGGUUCACAGGCUAAACGCUCCCAGUGUGCUUUCGGAGACCGAACAUAUGCAGAAGGAUCAAGUUUGAAAUUGAUAACCGCGGAUUACUCGUCUGCAUACAGUUUUGUUUCCACCUUCGAAGUUCAGCACUUUUUCGAUGCUCUGAAGACACGGCGAGAGAAGUGUAACGCCGCGUUAGACGUGAGCGGAUGUGCUAGCCCAAAUAUUUUACAGUAAUUGCAUCAAAAUGUCGGCUAUCUCUGCAUCGGAGAAAGUGGACGGGUUCACGCGGAAAUCUGUUAGGAAGGCCCAGAGACAGCGCAGGUCGCAAGGAUCGUCCCAAUUUCGGACCCAAAGCUCUCUUGUCGAGCUUUCGCCUCUACCACAACUAAAAGACACACCCUCUCCGGAGCAGCAGGAGCUGUUCACCCAGAAGCUCCAGCAGUGCUGCACGCUGUUCGACUUCGACGACUCCGUCACCGACCUGAAGAGCAAGGAGGUGAAGCCCACGCUGAACGAGCUGGUGGACUAUGUGUCUACUAACCGCGGCGUGCUGCAGGAGACCGCCUACCCCGACAUCUCCAACAUGAUUACCACCAAUAUUUUCCGGACCCUCCCCCCGAGUGAUAACCCCGACUUUGACCCGGAGGAGGAUGAGCCGACCCUGGAGGCCUCCUGGCCCCAUAUUCAGCUGGUGUACGAGUUCUUUCUGCGGUUCCUGGAGAACCCAGACUUCCAGCCCAGCAUCGCCAAGCGCCACAUCGACCAGAAGUUCGUCCUGCAGCUCCUGGAGCUGUUUGACAGUGAGGACCCUCGGGAGAGAGACUUCCUGAAGACCAUCCUGCACCGGAUUUACGGGAAGUUCCUGGGGCUCCGCGCCUUCAUCCGCAAGCAGAUCAACAACAUCUUCUUACGGUUCAUCUAUGAGACGGACCACUUCAACGGAGUCGCUGAGCUCCUGGAGAUACUGGGGAGCAUCAUUAAUGGCUUCGCUCUGCCGCUGAAGGCUGAACACAAACAGUUCCUGAUGAAAGUGCUGAUCCCCAUGCACACAGCCAAGGGCCUGGCACUGUUCCACGCACAGUUGGCCUACUGUGUCGUCCAGUUCUUGGAAAAGGACCCAACUUUAACAGAGCCGGUGAUUCGGGGGCUUCUGAAGUUCUGGCCCAAAACGUGCAGCCAGAAAGAGGUCAUGUUCCUGGGUGAAAUCGAGGAGAUCUUGGACGUGAUCGAGCCCACGCAGUUUAAGAAGGUCCAGGAGCCUCUCUUCAAGCAGAUUGCCAAGUGUGUGGCCAACCCCCAUUUCCAGGUGGCAGAGAGGGCCUUGUACUUCUGGAAUAACGAGUACAUCCUGAGUCUGAUCGAGGAGAACAUCGACCGCGUCCUGCCCAUGAUGUUCGGCAGCCUCUACAGGAUCUCCAAGGAGCACUGGAACCCGACCAUCAUAGCGCUUGUAUACAACGUGCUGAAGACCCUGAUGGAAAUCAACAGCACUCUGUUUGACGAGCUGACAGCCUCCUACAAAGCAGAGAGACAACGGGAGAUGAAGAAGGAGCAGGAGAGGGAGGAGUUGUGGAAGAGGUUGGAGGAGGUGCAGCUCAGGCAGAACAACAUCCACGGUCUGCACAACGCCCAUAGCAACAACAACAACAAUAACAACAGCAGCAGCAUCAGCACCACUGUCGCCGACGGCAACGCCAACAGCGACAGCAUCCCAUCCGCCGUCGCCGAGGACAACCAGAGCCCCACGUGUGCCAAAUAGCACAGGACUUUUUUUUCCUCUCCGUAGAAAAGUCUGAGAACUGUCAGAAAGAAAGGAAAUGUAAAGCCUCGUAAAUAUGUUAAAAAGAUAAAUGACAAAUAUUUCAAAUGCCAGCUAUUUUCAUUAGGCAGAAAAAUGAAAUGAUAAAUGAAAUAUAAAAGUAUAUAUUUCAACUUUUAAGAAUAUUUUUGGAUGUUCCAGUGUGACCACAGUAUAUUGAGAACCUUUUUUUUUUGUCUAAUCAAAGAUUUGUUGAGUCACUGUUAGUUACUUCACUGACUAUUAAAUGAACGUUUUUGUGAUGCGAUGUGGGCGGGGCGGCCGCAGGGGGGGAGCGUGGCCUGAAGACGUGUUCUCUUGAUCGUGCUGCACGUAGAGCGUAGAGCUGUCCUGUGUGCUGUUCCUGCUGCUGUCAGUGGGAGGGGGGUCUUUCUGGGGGGGGGGGGGGGGGGCUCAGUGACCCCCCCCCCCGCCUGUUCCUGUAUUGGGGUGCGGGGUGUUUCAUAAUGUUCCACAUUUAAUAUUUUAUUUUUCUCUGAUGAUGCGGAUAAAAAAGGUUGUUUGCUACUGUAAUAUAUUCCAAACGUACAGCCAUAAAACCUAUUUAAAGUAUUAAUAAGAAAAAUAAGUGAAUCAAAGAUGGGCACAGAUUUAUGUUCUUAUUAAGUAUUUUUCCAAAAAAAAAAAAGCUGUGUGAGAAAAGGCCUUAAUAAAAGUGGUUUAAAGAUGGGGAGUUUUCUUCCUGUGAGAA